GAUAUAUCUGAUAUCUGAAGAAGUGAAGAUACCCUAACUUAAGAAAUUCCUAAUUCUGUGCCGCUGUAGUAGCUAAACUCUUCGACGACACCAUUCAUCUCCCCCACUCGCUUGUCGUAUCAGAAGAUCAAGCUACCACCCUCCGUGUGCUGAGCUCUUCUGAGAUAGAUUCAGUAUCUCGCCAUUCUCCAUACUCGAAUCCGAAGGGAGGAGGCUGCGGCUGGUGGUGUUGGUUGUGGUGGUGGUUUUGCUGAUCAGUUGUGGUAGAGGUUAGUAAAGACAAAAAAUUGAAAAUGAGUUCUGACAGCAGGAGCCGAAGCAGAAGCAGGAGCAGGAGCCCAAUGGAUCGUAAGAUCCGCUCUGAUCGAUUUUCAUAUCGUGAUGCACCUUACAGGAGAGAUUCACGUCGGGGUUUCAGCCGAGACAAUUUGUGUAAGAACUGCAAGAGACCUGGUCAUUAUGCUAGGGAAUGCCCAAAUGUCGCAAUUUGCCACAAUUGUGGACUCCCUGGGCACAUUGCUUCUGAAUGCACCACAAAAUCGUUGUGCUGGAAUUGUAAAGAACCUGGGCACGUGGCUAGCAACUGUCCAAAUGAAGGCAUCUGCCAUACCUGUGGUAAAGUUGGACAUCGGGCAAGGGAGUGCACAGCACCUCCAAUGCCACCAGGGGACUUGAGGUUGUGCAACAACUGUUAUAAACAGGGUCAUAUUGCAGCUGAAUGCACCAAUGAGAAAGCAUGCAACAACUGUAGGAAGACAGGGCACCUGGCACGUGAUUGUCCAAAUGAUCCCAUUUGUAACUUGUGCAAUGUUUCUGGGCAUGUAGCUAGACAGUGUCCAAAAGCUAACAUGCUUGGAGAUCGUGGCACCAGUGGUGGUAUGCGUGGGGGUGGUGGUGGUUACCGAGAUGUUGUAUGCCGGAAUUGCCAGCAAUUGGGUCACAUGAGUCGGGACUGCAUGGGACCUCUGAUGAUUUGUCACAAUUGUGGAGGUCGUGGUCACCUGGCAUAUGAGUGCCCUUCAGGUCGAUUUGUGGAUCGUUAUCCCAGGCGGUACUGAUGGUCAUGGAUGACACUUUAAGGUUUACGUUUGUGUUUUUUCCUCUGUUUUCCCCGUUGGAGAGAUGCGGUUAUAAUGCCAUUAUUUGCAUUUCAGAGUUGUGACUGCUUGCUUUAGGAAUAAUUAUUCAGUACCUGUAAGAGAUUUCUUAUUGUAUGAAUCGUGUUCCAUGAUGAGGGUGUUUACGGUUAAUCCGGUACAAGUUUUUGUGGUUGUUGGCUGGAGAUUGAAUGAUGCACUAGUUUUUGUACCCAAAAAACAAUUAUGUACUAGUUUUUAACUAAAAUUAAAACCUCGUGUGAAUGUCAUUAUUGUCUAAAA